AGCCUUAUUUGAAAAGCUGAUGAAAAAAUGUGUUUCAAAUGUGCCACGAGUACUGAUGUUCCUUGAAUUACCAAAAAAUUCCCUAUUGGACUAAAUUCCUGGGAGACAUUAGAAAAAAGUGCGCAUAUUAAAAUUCAGAAAAAUAUUUUGAAUACUUUAAAAAGUGCUAGAAAAAAUAAAAUACACAAAAUUUAGUUCCUUGUUAAGAGGUAAUAAAUUUUUGCAGCGAUGUCUCUUAAAGAAAAAAUAUCUUGAACGCAUUUUCGUUCAGUGCAAAUUUAUUCCAAAUGAAUAAAUUGUAAGUGUUUCGUAAAGAAGUAUACUUCGAUUUCCUAAACGUGUGGCAAUAAAAAAAAACAACCAACAACAAAAGUGUUUCACAGCGCUCGCUAGCUGCUAUUGAGCUAAGCGAAAGCUCAAGUGUAAAUUACAAUCGAAAAUAAAUUGUACCACCAUUAUCACUUCAACGCAAAAAUGUAUGUCGGUGCACGCAAAAUGCCGACGGCAUGCCGUCACAACGCGCUCAUAUGUGCCAUAAUCGUCGCGUUCGUUCUACUCCUCCGUUCUCCGCCGCCCGUUUCCGCUGUGCAUCGUUACGAUCAAACUCCGGUGGAAGCUAGUCCCUACUAUCGCACCUCCGCGUCGGGUGAAAUGAUAAGCUCUUCCGCGAUGACGAGUGACGCUUUUCCGCAUCACAAUCGCUGUGAACCCAUCACAAUAUCGAUUUGUAAAAAUAUACCCUACAACAUGACAAUAAUGCCCAAUUUAAUUGGUCACACUAAGCAAGAAGAAGCCGGCUUGGAAGUGCAUCAAUUUGCGCCACUCGUUAAAAUCGGUUGCAGUCCCGAUUUGCAACUUUUCCUCUGCUCGCUUUACGUACCGGUUUGUACGAUACUCGAACAGCCGAUACCGCCGUGUCGUUCGUUGUGUGAGUCGGCGCGCAUUUGUGAAACUCUAAUGAAAACAUAUAAUUUCAAUUGGCCUGAGAAUUUGGAAUGCUCGAAAUUUCCCGUGAAUGGCGGUGAGGCGUUGUGUGUCGCUGAGAAUACAACUUCGUCGACACCGACGCCAACGCGCAGCAUACCAAAGGUGACGACGCGUAAAAAUUACGCAGACGGUCCGCAUCGGAAUAUCGGUUUCGUGUGUCCGGUGCAGUUGAAGACGCCCCAAGGAAUGGGCUAUGGGCUCAAAGUAGGCGGAAAGGAAUUACGCGAUUGUGGUGCGCCAUGCCAUGCCAUGUUUUUCCCUGAAAAAGAGCGCACUGUGCUGCGUUAUUGGGUCGGCUCUUGGGCGGCUGUCUGUGUGGCAAGCUGCCUCUUUACGGUGCUGACCUUUCUCAUUGACUCGUCGCGUUUUCGCUAUCCGGAACGUGCCAUUGUUUUCCUAGCCGUUUGUUAUCUCGUUGUGGGUUGCGCGUAUGUUGCCGGUUUGGGAGCGGGCGAUUCGGUGGCGUGUCGGGAACCCUUUCCGCCGCCAGUGCGUCUAGGGCGGUUGCAAAUGAUGUCGACAAUAACGCAGGGCCAUCGGCAAACCACCGCAUGUACCGUUUUAUUUAUGGCGCUCUACUUUUGUUGCAUGGCCGCCUUUGCCUGGUGGUCAUGUUUGGCGUUCGCUUGGUUUUUGGCCGCUGGCCUUAAAUGGGGUCAUGAGGCAAUCGAAAAUAAAUCGCAUUUAUUUCAUUUGGUCGCUUGGGCGAUACCGGCGUUGCAGACAAUUUCGGUGCUGGCAUUGGCCAAAGUUGAAGGUGAGUACACACACAUAACAUAUUUAGAUUUAAUUUGA